UGGUGGCGCCGCUGUUCGUGGAUCAGACUCACAAACACAGCACUGUUAUGGCAGCCAGGAAACGGGCAGCCAUUUUAUAAUCCGCAGCCUGUAUGUUACAUUUACAACGUAAACGACUAUAUUCCGACUUCUAAUGAUGGGUCAGUGUGGGAUCACGUCGUCUAAGACCGUCUUGGUAUUUCUGAACCUGAUAUUUUGGGCGGCUGCCGGCAUCCUGUGCUAUGUUGGAGCCUACGUGUUUAUCACGUAUGAUGACUAUGACCAUUUCUUUGAGGAUGUGUACACCCUGAUACCAGCUGUUGUCAUUAUCGCUGUUGGUGCUCUCUUGUUCAUUAUUGGACUCAUUGGAUGCUGCGCCACUAUUCGAGAGAGCCACUGCGGUCUUGCCACGUUUGUCGUCAUUCUUAUGUUGGUGUUUGUGACUGAGGUGGUAGUGGUGGUGCUUGGCUAUAUUUACAGAGCGAAGGUUGAAGAUGAUGUCAAUCAUUCCAUUCAGAAAGUGUAUAAUAAAUACAACGGAACCAACACAGAUGCUCCUAGCCGUGCUAUUGACUAUGUGCAGAGACAGCUCCAUUGCUGCGGAAUAGCCAACUACUCGGACUGGAAGAAUACGCGUUGGUUCAAGGAGUCUCGGAACAACAGUGUACCGCAGAGCUGUUGCAAACCCAAUGUGAGCAACUGCACUGGCUCCCUCACCCGCCCUGGAGACCUCUACCCUGAGGGAUGUGAAGCCCUGGUUGUGGAGAAACUGAAAGAGAUUAUGAUGUACGUCAUCUGGGCUGCGCUUACGUUUGCUGCAAUUCAGAUGCUGGGAAUGUUGUGUGCCUGUGUGGUGUUGUGUCGCAGAAGCCGGGAUCCAGCCUAUGAGCUACUCAUUACUGGAGGAACGUAUGCAUGAAAAAACAUACCAGACAGACUCCCUCUUUUCAUUCACAUACGCACACACACACACACACACACACACACACACACACACACACACACACACACACACACAGACACUGGGCUCAGGGUUCUGUCGGUGUGAGGUGGCACACUGGAAAUGCCCUAAUUUAUCCCUCUUUCUACAUGCGUUACACAGUUGCUCACAAUGUACUGGUGACGGGUGAAGCAAACUGCAUCCUAUUUAUUUAUAUUCUUCACUUAUUACAAAUACGUUUUAAUUUAAUGAUGUUGUUUAUUUCUCAAAGGUGUCGGGCCAAACUGCAAAAUGGUGAACAACCAAUUGUUAAUCCCAUUGAGGAGACAUUAAAACACAAAUUGCUAAACAUUUUCUCUGUCAUAUGGAGUUUUUUUUAAAGAGCAUUUUCGCUCGUGGCAAAAAUAUGCCUUUAUUGUAUGGAAUGAUAUUUGGAAUGUAUGCUUUUCUCAUUUGUUAGUUUGCACUGUGUACGGUUUAGUUAUAUAUUAAAAAUACCAAAAUGGCUGGCGAAAUAUGUUUAGAGAAGAUCCGCACGUGGUACGGCCCAUCACCCAUCACCAGUCUGCUGCUCAGGGAAAGUGGCAGUAUGAGAGACAGAUUUGGAUUGACACAACAUCAGGGUCCAAUUGGAUGGCUAAAGUGAACUAUGGGGUUCGCAUUGGUUUACAUGUAAAGUGUAAAGAUGUUUUGGGGUAUAGUCUACAUGCACUACCUACCAUUUACUGACCCCCCCCCCCACACACACACACAACUUUUUCCAUUGCACAAAGGGUGAACAUUACUAUUCUAGGAAUAUGUAGAAAUAACAGUUAUUUUGGAUAUUUAGAACAGGGUCAUUAAUGUAUUAUUUUAAAUGAAUGUAAAUAGUUAAGAAGGAAAAAUGAUGAAAAUAAGAUUGUAAUCUCGAUCUUAAAAUAAAUGUUUCA